GAUUGUCAGUCGGGAGGAACGCAUAGUGGUGAGUGGUGAGUGCUCAGUGUUGGCUGAGUGCGCGCGGUGGCGAAAUGCGAGCCAUAAGUUGUGUGUUGGGCGCGUGUGUGGCGCUGGGCGUAUGUGCGCUGGCCACCCUGGCAUGCGAGCCUGAUAAGAUGACGCUCUACCGUGUCGUGUUGCACACCUACUGGACGCGUCAGCUGUUUCCCAAGCACUAUCCUGACUGGAGACCGCCGGCUCAGUGGAGCAAACUUAUAGGUCGCAGCCACGACGCCAGCUACUGGCUGUGGCGCGUGGGGCGACGAGCGUCGCCGGGCGUCAAGGAGCUAGCUGAGACGGGCGUCGCGGAAGCAUUAGACGCUGCCGAGGCUCAGGGCGAUGCCGGCGUUUUGGAUGCGUUUCUGGCGCCGCCUAUAGCCCAGGGCGCCGGACGAACGGAGACGCAGUUUUUUGUAGACGGAAACCAUACGAGGGUGUCGUUAAUGGCGAGAAUGGUGCCUUCGCCUGAUUGGUUCAUAGGUAUCGACUCAUUCGACCUCUGCGUCGAUGGGAACUGGUUGGACAGCAUAACAAUAGAGGCUGAUCCAAUGGACGCUGGUACAGACAACGGCUUUACGUUCACGGCCCCGAAUUGGGCGACAGAACCACAAGGCGUCGUCUACAGGGUGACCAGCCGUUACCCCCCGCACCCCGCCGGCUCAUUCUACUACCCCUACCUCAAGCGCCUACCGCCAAUCGCAACUUUCCAAUUCAUCAAGUGGAAAGAAUACGAGCUGAGCGAGAUUUUCCACCACGACGAAGACGACAAGCGAUAUGAUCUGAUGCGACUCGACCAGAAGAACACGAUUGGACAAAACAACCUGGACAACGACAUACAAAUCCAAAUGGAAGCCGAGAGACGCGAACAGGAGAUGCGGCUGCAACAACAACACCGCACACUCACAAAUUCGACUGCAAGCACAUUGGUUGCAGCUCGGCCUUCAAUGGCGGUUCCUGCGAUGGUGGCCAGAGGUGACAAGGACGCCAUUCUCAACUCAAUUGUGGAAACCUACCACAAUCAGGAACCGCAAAAGCUCAAAACAAAAAUCAAGAAGCCGCUAAGAAAAUUCAAAGGCGGCGGCCGCGACUGCAAGGUGAGUGAAUGGGGAGCGUGGGGCGCGUGUAGCGCGUCGUGUGGCGUGGGCGAGAUGACGCGACAGCGAACGGUCGAGCGACACGCGCGCCGUAGCGGCAAACCGUGUCCGCCCCUCAUGCAGACCAAGUGGUGUGGUGCCGGCCAAGAUUGCCCCACCGACUCCUACUUCACCUGGUAAUCAGCGCAGUGCAGUGCAGUCGCAGCUCAUUCCAAUCAAACCGACAGUAUUUGCUCCACGGUCAGCAGUUGUCAUCUCUACCCGAUAGAUUUGUUUUUUUUUCAAGUCUGACCCACUAGCCAAACCAAUACAAUGCAAACAACCCCAUAAAAUGAAUGUACUGACCCUUUUGAACGGAGUAACGAAUUAAAAUAAUCUGGAUUCGGGAGUGCCUCAACACUGCGAUAUUUCAAUUUGUCUAGUGUAUGAACAAUAUCGUACCAAAAUGGUUCUUUUCAAUUAAGUUUUAGAGGGAAUGUUAGGAUUUGCUUUUAAAUGGCAAUAUGUAAAUAUUUAUUGAACAGAAAAUUGAACUUGAUAUUCUUGAAAGUGAAAUGUAACCUAUAUCUUUUGGAAAUGUUACUGUUUACAACAUUUGGGAGAAGAGCAGUUUUCGGCUGAGACUGUUGGUUUCUCCUACUCAUUGGUAAAUGCUCUGUAAUUGUAUUGAUAAAUGAAAUUAUUUGAAAUGUGUUGAUAAUUUUGGAUAAUUAGCACAAAAAACGAAAAUUUGAAAUACUCGCACAUUUGAAGUAUCGCACUUACGAAUGACACUCGAUUCCCGCACAUCAGUAUCAGUGAAAGUGAUGGGCAAGUUGAAAUAUAAUUACCACGAUUUCUAAUUGGACUAUUCCCACUCAGCACGUGCGAGCGAGUAUGAAUAUUGUCCGAUUAGAACCUAUGAGAAUAAUAUUUUUAUUUUACCGGUCACUUUCACUGACCGAUGAAUUAGUGGCAAUCUAGCUUAAAGGAUAGACACUUAGCAAAGUGACUACCGACCUUUAUACGUGACUAUACGUACUCAUUUUAGUUUUCUUCAAAUUGUCAUGACCUUGGCCAUAACAUAAUAAAGACUCUCAAGCGCUUCAAAAUGCAUAUUGUGAUGUCAAUGAAGUCUUAUUAAUCUCAUAAAUCUCAACAAUAAUUUUUAUCAAUUUAAAUCAAUAUUUCCGUAUGUUAUUCGUUUAUCUUUUGAACUGAUGUAAUAUUUUUUUCUUAAUCUUGUCUGUAAAUACUUGAUUAAAAUAAUGGUGAGAAUAGGAAUGGGAAUCUUGGAAUGGGAGGGUUCAGUCAAUUAGUAUAUAAUAUUCAAGCUGCUCUAAUACAUACUGCGUUGAGCAGAGCUACCAUUUUUUCUUGAAUAGUAUAUUGUUAUUGGGUUUUAUUAAUAAAAACUUGCAGAAUUAUGAAAAUGAAGGCACUUGAAUGAAUUGGUUCAUCCUACGGAAUUGCAUUUUUAAUUUUAAGCAAUAACUCACUACUAUUCUAUUCAUUUUAGUUAAAUAAUCGUUCAAAUAGUCAUCCGAGUAAAACUUUUUUAUAAUGAGAGAAGUGGAAUAUAGGCUAUACCGUACGUCUGUACAGUGAAAGUACAAUUAUAUUUUUCCUUCACAUGUAUCACAAUUUAUAAGAAAUAUUCAUGUGAUGUGUGAGUUAAUCACAAAUUUUAUUGAUGAGAUUUAUCAACUAGUAACCAGAAAAUGAGGCGUGAAUAGAAAAUUUUUACACAUCAUUAAUCAUUUGUUGAUUAAUUCAUUACCAUUAUUUUUGUAAAUGGAAGUCUAGUGAGUAUUUUUGCGCAUUGACAAAAAUCUCUACAGGCUCAUGUGAAUAAAAAUGAAUGCAAGAAAAUUUGUGAUUGUAUCAAAACUGCCUGUUGUAUAUGAAACUAUAUGUACUGUAUGAAUGUAUUUUGAAAAAAAAUUGUGAAAGUGAAUAGUGCAAAAAUCCAUGUCAUGUAAAAAGUUGAACCAUUAUUCCAGCCAUCCAUCAAACAUUAGUAUAGUUUCGAUUGACAUAAUUUCUAAGUUUUUGAAAGCUCAUAAUAUAGUUAGAAUUUUAUAAUAAUAAUAAUACUUACUAUUAUUAUUAUUAUUAUUACUACCGUAUCAUCAUCGGCAGAUCAAUAGUUCAUUAUUGUGGAAUCAUUAGCUUAUGUGAGCCAGCAUAUUUUUAUGCAUGGGAAAAAUGUUUUUGGAUGAAAGUUGCAUUCAUCGAUAAAUUGAGAAACUCUUUUUGAUGUAUUAAACUAGCAGGAUUCAAAUGAAAACUAUGGGAUGAACCUGUUGUAGUUUAAAAGUUUUUUAAAUUGGAAUUGUAAAUUUUCUAAUAAAACUUAGUAUUAACAAAAUAAUAAACGUGUAUUAUCAAUUUAGUGUGAAGUAAUAAAUGUAUUUUUAA